AGAGCCGGGGAUAGGUGGAGCAUCGGAGAGUGUAGUCUGUCCGUCCGCCCGCCCGCCCGUCGCUCCAGUGCCUGAGCUCUGUCCCCGCGCCAGCCCGGCCGGCCCAGAAUGAAAAAGGCAGGCAUUGACCUCCCCCAGAGGCAGUUUCCAGCCCUCACAGGUCCUCCGUGGCGCACACAACCCACCUCCCAGCCAUGCGCUCCCUCCUGCUCACCAGCACCUUCUGCCUCCUGGCCAUGGCCCUGGCCGCCGAGGUGAAGAAACCCGCGGCCGCAGCGGCCCCUGGCACUGCUGAGAAGCUGAGCCCCAAGGCCACCACACUCGCUGAGCGCAGCGCCGGCCUGGCCUUCAGCCUCUACCAGGCCAUGGCCAAGGACCAGGCGGUGGAGAACAUCCUGUUGUCGCCCGUGGUGGUGGCCUCCUCGCUGGGGCUCGUGUCCCUGGGCGGCAAGGCAACCACGGCGUCGCAGGCCAAGGCGGUGCUGAGCGCGGAGCAGCUCCGAGACGAGGAGGUGCACGCGGGCCUGGGGGAGCUGCUGCGCUCGCUCAGCAACAGCACCGCGCGCAACGUGACCUGGAAGCUGGGCAGCCGCCUGUACGGGCCCAGCUCGGUGAGCUUCGCCGAGGACUUCGUGCGCAGCAGCAAGCUGCACUACAACUGCGAGCACUCCAAGAUCAACUUCCGCGACAAGCGCAGCGCCCUGCAGUCCAUCAACGAGUGGGCCGCCCAGACCACCGACGGCAAGCUGCCCGAAGUCACCAAGGAGGUGGAGCGCACAGAUGGCGCGCUGCUGGUCAACGCCAUGUUCUUCAAGCCACACUGGGACGAGAGAUUCCACCACAAGAUGGUGGACAACCGAGGCUUCAUGGUGACGCGUUCCUACACCGUGGGUGUCACGAUGAUGCACCGGACAGGUCUCUACAACUACUAUGACGACGAGAAGGAGAAGCUGCAAAUGGUGGAGAUGCCCCUGGCCCACAAGCUCUCCAGCCUCAUCAUCCUUAUGCCCCACCAUGUGGAGCCCCUGGAGCGCCUUGAGAAGAUGCUGACCAAAGAGCAGCUGAAGACCUGGAUGGGGAAGAUGCAGAAGAAGGCUGUUGCCAUCUCCCUGCCCAAGGGGGUGGUGGAAGUGACCCAUGACCUUCAGAAACACCUGGCUGGCCUGGGUCUGACUGAGGCCAUCGACAAGAACAAGGCCGAUCUGUCACGCAUGUCGGGCAAGAAGGACCUGUACCUGGCCAGUGUGUUCCAUGCCACCGCCUUCGAGUGGGACACAGAGGGCAAUCCCUUUGACCAGGACAUCUAUGGGCGUGAGGAGCUGCGCACCCCCAAGCUCUUCUACGCCGACCACCCCUUCAUCUUCCUGGUUCGAGAUUCCCAGACCGGCUCCCUGUUGUUCAUUGGGCGCCUGGUUCGGCCCAAGGGUGACAAGAUGCGAGAUGAGUUGUAAGGCCCUAGGGUGUGGGCGUGGGAUGGCAGGAGGCAACUGAAGGCUCCUGAGACACAUGGGUGCUAUGGGGUGGGGAGAGCUGAGGUACUGACCUUGGAUAG